AUGUCGAAGUUCUCCAUGGCGGGCUCCAACCUCUGCAUGACCAUUGUUGCCCUGGCCGCAGUUGCGGCAGCUGCCGUCGGCGAGGUUGAGCACACCUUUGUUGUGAGCGAGAUGAAGAUGACGCACCUGUGCAACGAGACGCUGGUCACCGUGGUGAACGGGCAGCUUCCCGGUCCGGCGAUCGAGGUCACCGAGGGAGACUCCGUCGCCGUCCAUGUCGUCAACAAGUCUCCCCACAACAUAACAAUCCAUUGGCACGGAUUGAAGCACCGGCUCAACUGCUGGGCCGACGGUGUUCCGAUGAUCACGCAGUGCCCUAUCCGGCCAGGCCACAACUUCAGAUACCGUCUCAACGUCACCGAGCAGGAAGGCACCCUGUGGUGGCACGCUCACGUCUCCUGCCUCCGGGCGAGCCUGCACGGCGCCUUCAUCAUCCGGCCGCGGCACGCCAACCCAUUUCCGAAGCCCGACAAGGAGAUCCCCAUCGUUAUAGGUGAGUGGUGGAGCAUGAACCUCGCGCAGUUGGGCAAGAACAUGGAGGAUGGCUUCUACGAUGACACCGGUGCAACCACAAUCAAUGGCAAGCUUGGAGAUCUCUACAACUGCUCCGGGGUCGUGGAAGAUGGCUUGGUGCUUGACGUGGAGCCUGGCAAGACCUACCUGCUCCGCCUCCUCAACGUCGCGCUCUACUCCGAGUACUACGUCAAGAUCGCCGGGCACGAGCUCACGGAGGUCGGCGCCGACGCCAACUACGUCCGCCCCUUCACCACGGACGUCGUCGCCAUCGGCCCCGGCGAGACGCUGGACGCGCUUGUGGUCGCCAACGCGAUCCCCGGCAAGUACUACAUGGUCGCCGUCAGUGGCCAGGCGCCCAAGCCCGACAUCCAGAUCCCCGCGACCCUGUCGAGAGCGAUGGUGCGGUACGCGAUCGGUGCCGGCAACGGUGACGAGGCGGCGCCGCCGGUGGCGCCGGAGAUGCCUGACCAGCACGACUUCAUGGUGUCCUUCUACUUCCACGGCAACUUGAGCAGCCUGAACCGGCCGGGGUCGCCGCCGGUGCCGGCGACUGCUGAUGAGAGCCUGUUCGUCGUGCUCCGCAUGGGCUCCAUCUGCCGGCAAGGUCGCCUGUUCUGCAGGAGGAGCGGGAGCAAGGAGUCCAUCAUCGUGGAGACCAUGAACAACGUGUCCUUCCAGCUCCCCGCCGCGGCGGCCGCCAUGCCGCUGCUCGAGGAGCUCUACUAUGACAACCGCCGCAACGGAACGGCCGCCGGCGGCGGCGGCGGGCUUGACCAGCUGUACACGUUGCCGGACAGGCCGGCGAGGCCGUUCAACUUCACCGACCGUGCCCUGAUCCCGUGGGGUCCCAACGAGGCGUGGCUGGAGCCGACGGAGAAAGCGGCGGUGGCGCGGCGGUACCGGCAUGGCGCGGUGGUGGACAUCGUGUUCCAGAACGCGGCCAUGAUGGACACCGACAACCACCCAGUGCACCUGCACGGGCAUGACAUGUUCGUGCUCGCGCGGGGGCACGACAACUACGACGCGGCGAGGGACGUGGCAAGGUUCAACCUCGUGGAUCCGCCGCUCAAGAACACAGUGCUUGUCCCCAGGCUAGGGUGGGCUGUCGUCCGCUUCGUGGCCGACAAUCCAGGUGCAUACCCAGGGCAUAUGGGUUUGUUCAUCCAAUCAUUCCAGUAUGUUUGUCAUAAACUGUUUAUUUUGGUUUCCUUGCGAAUUUGGAAACUUUGAAACUUUAUUAGUAUAUAAGGGCAACACAGGAAACCUGAUAUGAGA